UGUUCUCUGGUAUGUUUGUAUCUAUAUAAAACCAGAUAGCUAGGUAUCAAACAUUAUAAUUCAUUCUAUAUAUGUGUAUCAUUUAUAUGCAGUAGAAAAAAAGUGUUUUGUUUGUAAUAAUAGUACUAAUGAGAUGUGGAGGAUUGAGUAUGGAAAGGGUGCAAAUGACCCUCAUUUAUUCAGCACAAACAACUUGCAUGGGAGGCAGACAUGGAAGUUUGACCCAAAUGCAGGCACACCAGUAGAGAGAGCAGAGGUUGAAGCCGCUCGUGAGAAUUACUACCAAAAUCGGUUCAAGAUCCAGCCCAGUAGUGAUCUCCUUUGGCGUUUUCAGAUGCUAAGAGAGAGAAACUUCAAGCAAGAAAUUCCUCCAGUAAGAAUUGGGGAAGGUGAUGACAUUACAUUUGAUCAGGCUACAGCUGCCUAUAGGAGGGCUGCUAGCUUCUGGAAUGCCUUGCAAUCACCCCAUGGUCAUUGGCCUGCUGAAAUUGCUGGCAUAAAUUUUUUCUGUCCUCCCUUGCAGGUAAUGAGUUUAUACUCAAUGGGACAUCUUAAUGUUGUUUUCUCUGCUGAACAUAAGAAGGAAAUCUUGCGCUACUCGUACAAUCAUCAGAAUGAAGAUGGUGGGUGGGGAUUGCACAUAGCAGGGCCUAGUAUGAUGUUCACCACAUGUCUCAACUACUGUAUGAUGCGUAUCCUCGGAGAAGGCACUGAGGGCGGUCGAGAUAAUGCCUGUGCAAGGGCCCGGAAAUGGAUUCUUGACCGCGGUGGUGCACAAUAUUCUGCUUCAUGGGGAAAGACCUGGAUGGCGAUACUUGGUGUUUAUGAUUGGGAAGGAAGCAACCCUAUACCCCCGGAGUUUUGGACUUACCCCACUCUGCUUCCUUUUCAUCCAUCAAAGAUGUUGUGCUACUGUAGGUUAACUUACCUACCCAUGUCCUACUUUUAUGCAAAAAAGUUUGUUGGCCCAAUCACUCCUCUGGUUGAACAAUUGAGACAAGAAAUUUACUGUGAACCUUACAGUGAAAUUAAGUGGAGUAAAGUGCGCCAUCAUUGUGCAAAGGAAGAUAACUACUAUCCUCAUGGAAGGGUACAACGUUUUAUGUGGGACACUCUUUACCAUGUUUGUGAGCCUAUUCUUGCUUGGUGGCCCUUUAAGAAGAUCAGAGACAAUGCUGUUCAAUUUACCAUUGACCAAAUCCAUUAUGAAGAUGAGAACAGUCGCUACAUUACCAUUGGAUGUAUCGAAAAGCCAUUAAUGAUGCUUGCCUGUUGGGUUGAGGAUCCUAGCGGAGAAGCUUUUAAGAAGCAUCUUCCUAGACUUGAUGAUUAUAUUUGGGUCGGUGAAGAUGGAAUCAAGAUUCAGAGUUUUGGCAGCCAGACUUGGGAUUGUUCUCUUGCAAUCCAAUCUUUGCUUGCUGGGAAUCUCCAUAAUGAAUUUGGACCUGUACUUAAGAAAGCACAUGACUUCCUAAAGAUAUCCCAGGUGAGGAUCAAUCCUUGUGGUGACUACCUAGCUCAUUUCCGUCACAUUUCCAAAGGAUGCUGGACUUUCUCUGAUCGGGAUCAUGGAUGGCAAGUUUCAGAUUGCACUGCAGAAGCAUUGAGGUGCUGCUGUCUGUUUGCAAUGAUGUCACCAGAGGAGGUUGGCGAGCCAAUGGAAGCCGAGUGUAUGUAUGAUGCUGUCAAUGUCAUAAUGUCACUACAGAGUCCAAAUGGUGGUGUAUCAGCAUGGGAGCCGACUGGAGCUCCUAAAUGGUUGGAGUGGCUCAACCCUGUCGAAUUUUUUGAGGACCUUGUCAUUGAAUAUGAUUACAUCGAGUGCACUUCAUCUUCGAUUCAGGCCUUAGUUUUGUUUAGGAAGUUGUAUCCUAAUCACAGAAGGAAAGAGAUCAACAACUUCAUCACAAGGGCUGCAGACUACAUUGAAAGCAUACAAUACGCUGAUGGCUCAUGGUAUGGAAACUGGGGUAUCUGCUUUCUCUAUGGAACAUGGUUUGGAAUCAAAGGGUUAGAGGCUGCAGGAAGAACCUACCACAAUUGCGAGGCAGUUCGCAAAGGUGUUGACUUUUUGCUAAAAACACAAAGGGAAGAUGGUGGUUGGGGAGAGCACUACACCUCAUGCACGAACAAGAAAUACACAGCUCAAGACAGUACAAAUCUGGUGCAAACUGCCCUCGGAUUAAUGGGUCUAAUUCACGGUCGACAGGGUGAGAGAGAUCCAACUCCUAUUCACCGUGCUGCAAGGGUCUUGAUGAACGGUCAGUUGGAUGAUGGUGAUUUUCCCCAACAGGAACUGGUGGGAGUUUUCAUGAGGAAUGCAAUGUUACACUAUGGAGGAUAUAGGAAUGUUUUCCCAUUGUGGGCUCUUGGAGAGUAUCGUACGUACUCUGGAGCAGUUGCUUUAGCAAAAGGAUUUGAACUUUGACUCACAAGCAGAAGAUCAUAGAAAGAAUAAUCACUUAAAAAAGAAUAAUCUAUUUGUAUAUACUAGUCUCUUGACACACAUCCGUGCUUUUCGUUUUCUUUACAAAAAAUAUAUAUAAAGUAGUAAAUAAACAAUGAAAUACAGGAAAAUAAAGAGAGAGAGACAAAUAAACAGAUUUUAAGCACUUUUGUCCUUAUGGGUCAAGGACCCUUUGUCCCUUUCUAAUAAGAGAAAUUUAGAAAAUUGACCA